CACAGCUCUCGCCAGAGCCGGCCGGAGGGGCUGGGUGGCGGGUGGGGCGAGCUGGUAAAUAGUGGCACCGAGCACCCGCCUCACAUAAGAUGGCGGCGGCAGGAGCGGCGGAGCUCUAAGCAGGGUACGCGGCAGGCGGACGCACGCUCGCCCCUCCUCCCCUCGCCACCUCUAUGUUGUGGCUCUUGCCGCGGGCGGGGGCUGCGGAGCUACGGUGAGAGGGGAGCCCGAGCUCUGCGUACCUCUGCGCCGGCCGGUCGCUGGCAGGGGCGGGCGAGUGGCGCUAGUGGCAUCCGCGGGCGCGGAGCGGUGCCGCUCAGGUAGAGCCCGCCGGUCCCGACUCUUCGGUAGGAGGAGGCUAAGGCUGCUGUGGGCGGGGGCCGCUUCGGCUCUUCCCUGCUCGGCGGUGGCUGCGGAUCGUGUCUCCAUGUCGGACAACCAGAGCUGGACAAGUUGUGCGGACAACCACUCCUCCGGCUCUGAGGAGGACCCCGAGACCGAGCUGCAGGUUGAGUUCUACGGGGUGCUCAGCAAGUGGACCAACUACAUUCACGGAUGGCAGGAUCGAUGGGUAGUUCUGAAAAGUAGCACACUCAGUUAUUACAAGUCUGAAGAUGAAACGGAGUAUGGCUGUAGAGGUUCUAUCUGUCUGAGCAAAGCUGUCAUUACACCCCAUGACUUUGAUGAAUGCAGAUUUGAUAUUAGCGUAAAUGAUAGUGUUUGGUACCUCCGAGCUCAGGACCCAGACCACAGACAACAGUGGGUAGAUGCAAUAGAGCAACACAAGACUGAAUCUGGCUAUGGAUCAGAGUCAAGCUUACGACGCCAUGGAUCUAUGGUGUCUCUUGUUUCUGGAGCAAGUGGAUACUCUGCGACAUCCACCUCUUCGUUCAAGAAGGGCCAUAGCUUACGUGAGAAGCUUGCAGAAAUGGAAACGUUUAGAGACAUCUUGUGUAGACAAGUUGAUACUUUACAGAAAUACUUUGAUGACUGUGCAGAUGCAGUUUCCAAAGAUGAACUCCAGAGGGAUAAAGUGGUAGAAGAUGAUGAAGAUGAUUUCCCUACAGUGCGUUCCGAUGGGGAUUUUGUACAUAACAGUAACAGCAGUAAGGAAAAAUUGUUUCCACAUGUAACACCGAAAGGAAUUAAUGGCAUAGACUUUAAAGGAGAAGCUAUAACUUUCAAGGCAACUACUGCUGGAAUCCUUGCUACACUCUCUCAUUGUAUUGAACUCAUGGUAAAAUGUGAAGAAAGCUGGCAAAAAAAGCUAGAUAAGGAGUCGGAGAAGAGGAGGAGAAUUGAAGAGGCAUACAAAAAUGCUGUGACAGAACUGAAGAAAAAGUCCCACUUUGGAGGGCCAGACUACGAGGAAGGUCCUAAUAGUCUGAUUAAUGAAGAAGAGUUCUUUGAUGCUGUUGAAGCUGCUCUCGAUAGACAGGAUAAAAUGGAAGAACAGUCCCAAAGUGAAAAGGUUAGAUUACACUGGCCAACAUCCUUACCUUCUGGAGAUGCAUAUUCUGCUGUGGGGACUCAUCGAUUUGUUCAAACGCCCUAUAGUCGCUCUUCCUCCAUGUCUUCCAUUGAUCUAGUCAGUGCCUCUGAUGAUGUUCACAGAUUCAGCGCCCAGGUGGAAGAGAUGGUACAAAACCAUAUGACAUAUUCCUUGCAAGAUGUAGGAGGAGAUGCCAAUUGGCAGCUAGUGGUAGAAGAAGGAGAAAUGAAGGUAUACAGAAGAGAGGUGGAAGAGAAUGGAAUAGUUUUAGAUCCUUUGAAAGCAACCCAUGCUGUUAAAGGGGUAACAGGGCAUGAAGUCUGCCACUACUUCUGGAAUGUUGAUGUUCGUAAUGACUGGGAAACAACAAUUGAAAAUUUCCAUGUUGUGGAAAAUUUAGCUGAUAAUGCAAUCAUCAUUUACCAGACACAUAAGAGGGUGUGGCCAGCUUCUCAAAGGGAUGUGCUGUAUUUGUCUGCCAUCAGAAAGAUACCAGCAUUCAGUGAAAAUGAUCCUGAAACCUGGAUUGUGUGCAAUUUCUCUGUAGAACAUGACAGUGCUCCUCUGAAUAAUCGCUGUGUCCGUGCCAAAAUAAAUAUUGCUAUGAUUUGUCAGACAUUAGUAAGCCCACCAGAGGGGAACAAGGAAAUAAGCAGGGACAACAUCCUAUGCAAGAUUACAUAUGUAGCUAAUGUGAAUCCAGGAGGAUGGGCGCCAGCAUCAGUUUUACGGGCAGUGGCAAAACGAGAAUAUCCAAAAUUCUUGAAGCGUUUUACAUCCUAUGUGCAGGAGAAGACAGCAGGAAAGCCUAUUUUAUUCUAGUGAUAGCAGAGAUUGGAACAAGACUGAGUGAGCAUUCCACGUUGGAGAAGUGACCAUGCAUAGAGCACUCCAUGCUGGAACGAAGGAUCUACAGUCUUUUUAUGGCCCAAGUUCUAGGCUUUAUAUACUGAAGUGAAGAAGGUGUUGCAACACCACGAAGCUGAAUAUUUAACACUAGCUCUCUCCUGCUAACUUUUCUUGCUGAAUCAGUGUGCAAUUAUAAAUACAUGUAUUGAUAACAUG